AUGGAUUUAGACGAUGGAAUGAAUCAAUAUCGUCCCUCUUGUUUCUUCAAUCUGCUACAAAGUCAACUUGAAACCCAAAACCUCGAAUACACUCCUUAUGAGAGUCCAUGUUCUAACGCUCCAUCUGAACCUGCAUCCCCUCAAGAAAACUGCAAGUCAAGGCAUGCAUGGUUACCAAUAGAUGAUGUCAUGCUUGUCAGCGCUUGGCUAAACACGAGCAAGGAUCCGAUUAUUUCAAAUGAGCAACGACGUGGAGCAUUUUGGUUCAUUGGUUGUUACGAGGCUGCGGCAAGGGAGAAGUCUAGUGGACAUAGUGAAGAUGAUGUGAUGAAGCUAGCACACCGUAUAUACUUCAAUGAUCACAAACAAAGGUUUACCUUGGAGCAUGGUUGGCGAGAGCUAGGAUAUGAUCAGAAAUGGUGUGCGUCCACAUCUAUUAAAGGGAAUGGAGUGAAAAGGGGAAGGGUGGGUGAGGAUAGGUCUGCACAGGAUGCACAACCGGUGAUUGAUGUUGAGUAUGAACCAAAGCCCCGUCCUAUUGGUGUUAAGGCUGCAUGGGGGAAGGCCAAAAAAAGCUCUAACACUAAACCGGAUGUGGAGGGAGAUGGAAAAGCUUUCUUGGAGUUUCAGAUGGAGCGUGUUGUGCGGAUGUAUGAAAUGAAGCAAAAGGAUUUCGCUUUGAAAGAGAAGGAGUUCGCUUUGAAAAAGGAACAUAUUAAGCAUGUGAUGGUUGAAAAUCUGGUUGCUAAAAAGGAUUCACUAACUGAAACAGAAAAAGCUAUUAAGGACAAGCUAAUUAAUGACGUGAUGUCAUUAGGUUGA